UAAUUGUAAGGGAGCAUACCAAUGACAACGGAUGACAGCAGUAGUUACAACACAAAUAGUGCCACAUCACAAGGCAGACGUCCAGGUCUUGUGCUGUAGAUGAAAAUUGUAGCUUUUGUCUUCUUAAGGGUUUCAUUAAAGGGACACAAUGGGGCUGAUAGACAGUGCAAAGAAGAACUGGUUCAUGAUUGGGUUAGGAUUGGUUAUAUUAAUGGCAAAGAUUGCCCCCUGGAUUGGGAAAAAGGGUGGACUACUUUAUCCUGAAAUCACAGUUAAAUACAUUGCUGUUUCUGUCAUAUUUUUCAAUGGCGGUGUUUCCUUGAAAACAGAAGAUCUCAAAGCAGCUUUCCUUAACGUAAAAGUCCACAUAUUUGUUCAGUGUUUUACCUUCUGCUUCAUCCCAACUUUUAUAUAUUUCUUGGUGAAUUUGUUGAUGCAAACAAGUAUGAAUACUUGGCUAUUGAAAGGAAUUCUAAUUGUUGGCUGUAUGCCGCCUCCAGUUUCAUCAGCAGUUAUUAUCACAAAGGCGAUUGGCGGCAAUGAAGCUGCUGCCAUUUUUAAUUCAGCACUUGGAAGUUUUUUGGGAAUCUUUAUCACACCCUUUCUUCUUUUCAUGGUUGUUGGUGUCUCAUCAGAUGUACCAGUUGGAAAAAUUGUCUCCACUCUUACAAUCACUGUGGUCUUUCCACUGAUUGUCGGACAAGUGACAAGGAUGUACAUCAAAGACUGGAUGCAAAACAAACCUCCAUUUGGUACUAUUGGAAGCUGCAUGUUACUUCUUAUAAUCUAUACAACAUUUUGUGAUACCUUUAGCUCAGAUAUGGGUACAUUGGGGCUUUCCCAAAUAGCUGCAACAGGCACUAUUGUUUUACUUAUCCAAAUAUUUUUCAUCAGUCUCAUAUUUUUUACUUCAACAAAAUUCAAGCUUGGCUAUUCACCUGGGGAUGUUGUGGCUUUGAUGUUUUGUGCAACACAUAAAUCACUGACACUGGGGAUGCCAAUGCUUAAAAUAAUUUAUGCUGGCUAUGAAUAUCUACCACUUAUCUCAAUUCCAUUGCUGUUCUACCACCCAACACAAAUCCUUCUUGGUGGAUUUCUUGUUCAAUUUGUAAAGAAGUGGAUGGAGUCUUUCAACAUAAAAGACCAUGAAAAUGGACUUGUGGGACAGGCCUGAAUAGGAAUUGCAAUAUAGAUAUUCCUUCCAGAAAAACCAUCUUGUUAUUCUAAAAACUUCAUGAAUUGUGUUUGAGCUGCACCAAACAGCAACUACCUUUGAAAUUUUACCAUAUUUACUCUUUAGAAACUAAAAAUGUGUUUUAUUGACAGGUUAUCAACUUAGUUAGAAAAGAUAGAUAAAAAGUACCAUUUACUUAAUGCAGAAGGAGAAGUUCUGACUCCUUAUGUGUUUAAUGCUUAAAACUCUUCCUAAUAUAGAAAAAAAGAUA